CACCUUUUCUCGAUUGAAUUUCUUUUCGUCGAAAACAAUCCGGCACACGAAGUCACGCUUUUUGUGAUUCGAUCAGAUUAUAACGCCGGUUAUCAUCCCUCAACUGCUACACAGAGAUCAAACCCAUAGAUUAAUUGAUUUUAAAGGCGAUAGUCAUGAAGAACUCGCAUGCUUUGAGACGCAAAACGGCACCAUCCGUAUGGUACAGGAUGCUUGUUUCGAUGGCAAUGUUGAUAGUGUUGGCCUCCUUUACGGGAAAUAACGGAGGGCUCCUCGUUUCGGCGGAAAUGGAAGCCUCUUGGACUCCGAACGAGGAAGGAGGUCCCGCGAUGCCACUUUCAAUGCACCAGAGACAGCAAUUGGUUCAGCUCCAACAGGCCAUUCAGAAUUCUCCCGAUCCGAACGGGACCUUGCAACAGGUCGCCCAAAGCAACAACAUGUCCCCGAACGAGUUGUACCAAAUGAUCGAAAAGAACGCACAGGAUUUACAACAAGAUCCUGCACUGUUGAGCGAGUUGCAACAAUUUGCUCAGAGUGGUGGUAGAAUGGGCAACAGCCUACCCAAAAUGGUCGUCAAAUUCAUCGCUGGCCUGGGUGUAGCGAUGCGCCAAACAGCGCAGCAAAAUCCGAGAGCUUUCACCACAUCGCUCAUGGCCGCCCUUUUGAUUUUCUACACUUUGCUGGCCAUUCCCCGGACCGGACUUCAGAUUUCUAGUGGGCGCAGUAUCCUCACUCUCUCGAGUGGUCCAACCACCGUGUUUUCGCCUCCGGAUCGAUACCUUCACAAAAUGAUUGGCAAGGUGGAUUCGAUGGUAGCUUCUCCCAAGCUGAGCAUCAAAACAAUGAAAAAAGACUGGGACGAUUUGCUGAAACCAUUGACUCGGGAAUUGGUGUCUGACUAUGGAGCAAAGGACAACGAAGAGGAUACAGACGAUCUGAACGAUCCCUACGGAAGGGUUGAGACUCAUAGCCUCGGUCGCAAGAACGAGUUGAAACAAGCCGUGACUGCCCAAUUUAUGUUGGGACCCGAUCAGUUUUUGACGGAUUUUCCACUCGGGGAUACCUUGGAAGAAAUAGCGGCGGAACGGGAGAACAUCAUCGACAUGCUCUAUGCGAAUGCGGCGGGUCUAUUGACGGAACGAAACCUGGUGGAAUUUUCGGAUGCAACGAGCAAGGCGAGAGAUCGACUUCGCGCCGUUUGCGGUGACGGAAAGAAAGACAGAGACUCGAGUCUAUCUAGCAAAGACUUUGGUGUCAUUGUAGUACCAGGUCUGGGAAAGCUCGGCCGAUACGGACUCAUGUACUGGAAGGUCACCAGCGAAACCUCGCAAAAAUCGUCGUCGGCGGUCUCGAGCCAGACGCUGACCCUUACCACACUAAAGGGAAAAGGCUUUUUCGACGGACAAAUCCACUUCGACGUUCGAAAGAUCCCCCACCUCGACGGGAUGCUCUUGGUGCAGGUGUCACUGGCCGUUCCCAGAGGCGGCCGCAAGCUCCAGCAAAAACGAGCCGAGGCCCUGGUCGAGAACAUGGCCCGGUCCCUCGUCCGGUCGGUCUCCCGUAGGACCCGGCAACGCCUCGCGCGCCAGUCCCAGGGCAAGCGCUUCAAGGACACGGGCAGCCGCCGCGCGGACGACCGCCGCAAGGAGCGGUUCGAGCGAGAGCGGCUGCUGGAAGAAAUGGCCACCGAUCGGCGCCGGAGAUGGCAGAAAACGAACCCCGACGCGGGCCGGUAUCGACCCAGCGGCCACCGGAUGAGAUCGCCCAACAAUUGCUAGUACGGUAAAACUCAACGGUUUGAAAUUGUUGCGCAAGUUCUCCCUAACGAAUAGAAUAACAAGUAACUG